AUGAGCCCCAAACCUGGGAAAGAUGACGACGUGGAGAGUGAAAAUGCCUACUCGGACACCGAGGCAGAUGAGGACGACAAAGAGACCGAGAAGGGCAGCUUCAAUCUGAACACUAGGCCCGUCGUCAGACUUUGCGACUGGGAGCAGUUCAAGAAUCGCUUUCAGUGUACUGGUGAACCGUCCGAAUUUGUCGUGGACACUGUUGAGGUGCUGCUCAAGACCCACGACCUCGAGGAGAACAUGGCGGCAGAGCAGCUGAGACGCAUGCCUCAAGAGAAGAGAAGAAAGUACACAGCGAGGCUUGCACGUCCACCACUCAAGGUCAAGACCAAGACAAAAGCAAGCGAGCUUCCGUUUGACCGGAUCCGCAUCAACUCCAGUAUCUUACUAGCACACCUUGCAAAGAUAAGCGGAAACACCUCGUGGUCCAUGCUUCUGCCCAUGACUUUCUUGCACCCAUUUGUCUUUUUUAUCCACCAUCAAAAAAGCAUGAAGGCUCUUUUGGCAGAUCUCGAGGUGUACCUGAGUAGUGGCACCGACGCUACAGACCAGCCCGACGACGUCAAUGAUGUGCCAGUUGCAGAUUUUGGCUACAAUCAGCCGACAAUGCAGUGGAAAGCCCUCAGCGCCUUCAUGCGAACUAAAAAGGCCAUGGAGCAGGUCAGGUGCUAUGUUGAGUUUGUUGACAAGGAAUUGAUGCCAUAUUACCGGAGAUUCGAGCAGGCAAAUCACAGCAAGCAAAUGAAGAUCCGAUUCAACGAUCUGUGGUCGCUGUUCCGCUGUGGAGAGUUGGUAUGCACCAAGCAUAAGUUAUAUGGUCUGGAGAAGGGCCGUGGCCCACCGGGCGAAUCUCAAUAUGACGAUGAUGUCGACGUAUUAAAACCGCCGGGUGACUACUCGAAACCCCACAAGAAGGCGGCGUCUGAGGACCAGUCUGUGUCGGACGAGGGUUAUAAUAUUGUACGUCUCUACUCAACUAACCUGCCGUAUCGCGACUGGCAAGGUAAAGGUCUUGGGGUGGGCAACCAAUAUGAAUGGGAUCCUAGAGACACAAAAUUUGAAGUGCAAUUUUACAGGCUCGAUUUUGAUGGCACAAAAUACGCCCCGGUUGUCCUACCGGCUGGAAUUAGGUAUUUCCAUGGGGAAGAAGAUAUCCAUAAACUGCCAGUCUUCCCUAUACGCUUUCUCAAAAGGAAAGACAGUCUGAUGAAAGAUCUUCGCGAGAAGGGCGAGUUGUUCCGCCGACUCAUCUCCAACGCUGCAUCCGGGAGCAAAGCCAUGGCGUACGAUGGAUGGUCAUACAAAAGCCUCCCACCGGUGUUUCGCCAACCGGGAUUCAGCGAAUAUAUUGAAAGUGACAUAAUCAUCGAAACACAGGAAGCUUUUACCACCAGGACAAGGUGCCGGCCUGGCUUCUUUAUCGAUAAAGGCAGGAUCGACACCAUGACCGAAGAUGCCUACGAUGAGGUUGAGAUAUUUUAUUGGGCCGAAGAAGACCGCUCCGAGAUUGUGAAGAAAAUGGGCGAAAUCGUGGUAAUCAGGGAGGGCAUAGAAUCAGACAUGAUCAAGGCGGUGGAGGCAAAGGACCCCUUCAUGCAGGCGUACGGCAGCCAUACGACUACAUGGAAGAGCCAAAUCUUCACAGACGAGGACCUGGUGCUGCUUCCUCAGCAGGUUAUGGCGUACGCCUUCAGGGAGCGCAAGUUUUUCGUUGCAGAUACAAAAUACAUUCGCGAGAUCUCUUGGCCGACUGAGAAAGACGAUCCAUUCAGACUCCUGCGGAUCAAUAAAAAUCACAAGCGCAUGAUACUCUCAGUCGUCAACGAGCACUUCAGUCAAAAGGCGCUGGUCAGAGACAUGCGGCGGCUCGCAAACUCAAGAGGGCAGGACGGAAGUACUGUCGGCCUCCCGGGGCAGGAUUUCAUCAGAGGCAAAGGCCAGGGCCUCAUCAUCCUGCUUCACGGGGCUCCGGGUGUUGGCAAAACGGCAACCGCCGAAGCUGUCGCCAUGUACCGCAGAAAACCGCUCUUUUUGAUCACAUGCGGCGAGCUUGGCACAACGCCCGAUGCGGUCGAGAAAACCCUCAAAGACAUUUUCCGCCUAGCAGACGUGUGGGAAUGCAUACUGCUCCUCGAUGAGGCCGACAUAUUCUUGUCCCAGCGGGAGAGGGGGGAUGACAGCAUCAUGCGGAACGCAAUAGUCAGUGUUUUCCUUCGCACUCUGGAAUACUAUCCCGGGAUACUUUUUCUGACUACAAAUCGAGUCGGAGUCAUGGACGAAGCAGUCAAGUCCCGGGUGCACUUGAGUCUGCACUACCCGGCACUCGAUUUCGAGGACACUCGCAGCCUCUUCAAGAUAAACAUAGACAGACUCAAGAAGAUUGAAAAGGAGCGGGCCAAAGCCCAUCUGGCCAGAUGCGGUUCCUCAAGCUCUGAGGGCAAAUACGGACAGUUUAAGGGCGAAAUGGUGGUCAGAGAGGACGAGAUCCUGGCAUUCGCGGAGGACCACUUUUUAAACCACGAGAAUGCCCGGUGGAAUGGGCGGCAGAUCCGCAACGCAUUCCAGAUCGCCGCGUCGCUGGCCCGCCACGAGCAGCAAAAUACCCACACGGUAGACGCUGGCACUGACGUCAAAGACGAAAUGAGUGUUGAGGACCGAAGAAUCUCUCGAAGUAGUGGCUCAAAUUUGUAUGACGACGACGAGGACGACGAAGACGACGAAAACAACGGGGAACGUGACAGCUUGUUAGAUGCCCCCUUCAUAGGCGAGAAGCAUUUCAGGAAGGUCGAGCUUGCUACAGCUGAGUUUGAGCGUAUGAGACAGAAUAUGUACAGGAACACGGACGACCAGAGGGCCUUUGAAAAGAUGGAGAGACCGCCUGCUGAGUACGCGAGUCUCAAUCGGCCUCAGCGUGGCCACCCCGCUGCGGUGAAGCCACGUCCACGAGAUGAUUACAGCCUUGAAAAUGAACGUUUAGGCAGCAGUACUGGCAGCGGCGGUAGGAAGACUAGGGCCUAUCGCAGAAAUAACGACAAUAACUACAGCGAAGAAGACUUCUCUAGCUUGGGAAGAGCAGGAGGUGGUAGGGGGCAGUACAGAACGAAUUUUCGCGGGUACGGAAACCAGGGAGAGCGGGGUAGCGAGCGUGGGCAGCGCGAUGACGAUUGCGGGAGAGGGCAGCUAAGAGACAACAGAAGGCGGGAUCGCCAGCGAGAAAAUGAGAAUUGGCGUUAUGAGCGCCGCAAUCCGCAGGAGUACGACAUCGAAGAAGACUCUGACCAUGAUGGCCGGUGGAGAUCUCCAUCUUCAUCGCGUCCUCAAACACGCAAGGAGAGUGGCAAGCAGCGGCGGCGAUCGAGGGAGCCAGAACCACGGGGGAACAAGGGCGGCGAUAGAAGGCCUGGAAGGCGAGGAGUGACAAAGUCCGGUGGAAGUGCAUAUGAUUCGGACAAGUAUGGAGGUGACCAUUUGGAGGGUGGUGAUUUUCAAGAGAACGCCGAGGAAGAUGAGGACCGCAGUUUGCGCAGGAAGGGGUCGGGGAGGAAUCGUCGGUGA